UUUUGCUUCUUUCUCAUAGUUCUGAGGGCUUAUUUCAUCAUGAUCUUCUGUGAAGAUGCCGAUACUGAAGAAACAGUAACAUGUCUCCACAUGACUUUUUACCACCCUUGCCAAGAUGACAAGAUGAUGUUUCGUUGCCUGAAUUUCUGUGAGCGAGAGCAGGUCAGGGCCAAUGAAAUUGCUACAUUCGGCCGUGAUUCUAACAUCUGCCGUUACAACUUUAUGGAUUCUCGUGUUUCUCGGAUUCAGUUUUCUUUGCAGUUUUACAGAAAACUGGACACUUCAGAAUUUGGUUUUGAGAUAAAGAACAUGAGCAAAAAAACCAAGCUGAGAGUGGACCACACAGAACUGGGUUAUUUAAACAAAAUGGACCUGCCAUGGAAAUGCAUCAUUUGUUUUGGGGAAUACCAGAUCUUAACAGAGACACAAGAAGGGCAGUCUAUGGAUUAUUAUGAGACUUGCUUCCACUUGGCUCAAAUGCCACUCUUACAGGAAAGAUGCCUGCCAUCACUGCAACCUGUACCUGAAUGUGGCAUAUUCACUUCUUUGUCUCUUUCCCAAGACAAAAGUCCAAAAGAGAUUGAUGAAAAUGAGUCAUACUAGGUGGGA